AUGGGCACAGGUGACAAGGUGACGCUGCUGGUUGAAAACACACGAUUCAUCGUAAAUACGUCUGUUCUGGUAGCGAAGCCAGACACAAUGCUUGGACGAAUGUUCCGUGUUCGUGCUCAUUGCAAGGAAGGUGCUGAACUUGUGCGGCCAAAUGAGCGCAAUGAAUACGAAGUAGCCGAAGGACUUUCAGCAUCCUGUUUUCGUGCAAUCCUUGCAUUACGGCAGACCGAAGACGCAUCCUAA